CGGGCAUGCGCACACUGUUGUUGUGGCUGCAGCUGUCGGUUUGUGUCUGACAGCGUGAGAAAUGGUGAGGCUCUCAGAUGGAGGCGGCUGUGUGUGAGGAGGAGCGGGGAGGUCGUGAGGAUGGUGAGGAGGCAGGGGCCGAUGAAGCCAUGCUGUGGUCCGUCCAGGAGGCUCUGGAGAUGCAGACCCUGCAGAUCGGAGCGUCCGCCUGCGGGGCCACGGCUGUGGUGGACGUGCUGAAGGCGCUCGGAGUAGACGUGACCCCGGAGGAAGCUGACCGCUGCGUCCAAACGCGUCUGCGGAGGAACGACUCACCGUUGCCGGACUACCUGCUGUCCCGCAGUGAAGCUGGUGCGACUCACAUCCAGCUCAUCCAGGGAGCGCAGGAGGCCAGCGGAGGCCAGGUGACGGGCCGAUUCUUCCACCUCCACCCUCGCAGGCGAGUCAGACUGGUCCCCUGGCUCGCCCACUGGAUCCGAAAAGGCGCUGUUCCCGUGGCGACCAUGAACAUGCAGCUGGCUGUACCCGAGGGUGAGGAGGUGCCCGACGCCUGGCACCAUCAGCUCAUAUUCGGGGUCACAUCCAACGCUGUCUUUAUGACCAAUCCUUUAGAUGUAGUAAGCGAGGGAGAGGUGCACCAGCGACUCUGCAGUGAAUCCAUGUUGCUGAUUCGUCGAGAAGACGUGCUGCAGCGAGUGACGCCCGACUGCUCCCUGUCGGGCCUCUCGGAGAGCCAGUCCGACCCACGGUGGAAGGCCCUGGAUGUCGAGGGUCAGGUGAGGCAGAUGGCCACGGAGGAGGAAGGAGAAGAAGAAGAAGAAAACAAUCAGCCCAAGAUGACUCACAUCAGGAUCCCUGCAGCGUACAGCUCAGGCGUCACAUUGUUUGCCAUAAGAGAGUCAGAAUUGGGACAAGAACUCCUCGAUGCUCCUGAACUCCCUCUGUUGUGACCGCACUGCCACAUGUGGAUGGACUUAAAGCUUGAAGAUCUAUUUAUACUAUCAAUAACACUUUGUAUUGAUCCAAAUGUUUAAGAUCAGCAGAUUUAAAUCAAAGCUCAAAGUAAACUUUGACUUUCUGUCCAUUUUUCUGUGGCAAUAUUGAUUAGAAAUCACAUUUUAAGAGAUGUACGUGUUUGUAUCUUUGUUUUAAAGACAACAUUAUUAAAAGCCCCCACCCUGCUCUCAGCCCUUAUUUGCUAACUUUA